CGACUCCUCCAGUGUGGCUUGUAGCGUCGCGGUUCGGGCUGAAAGAUGGCUGCGACGGAGCAGCGCCCACCCGUACGGGAGGGAAUGCGGAUCGCGGUGUUGUGCUUGUGCUGGUACACGGUCAGCUCGGGCGGCAACGUGAUCAAUAAAAUCAUCCUCAACAGCUUCCCUUAUCCGGUCACAGUGUCGCUUUUCCAUAUCGUCUCCAUCAUCGUGUUUCUCCCGCCGCUGCUACGAGCCUGGGGCGUCCCGAGAACGGAGUUACCGGCCCGCUACUACCGCUGGUACAUCUUGCCGCUCGCCUUCGGGAAAUAUUUCGCCUCCGUCUCGGCCCAUUUCAGCAUAUGGAAGGUUCCGGUGUCGUACGCGCACACCGUGAAGGCCACCAUGCCCAUCUGGGUGGUGCUGCUGUCUCGGAUUAUCAUGAAAGAGAAGCAAACCACAAAGGUUUACGUGUCUCUUAUUCCCAUCAUUGGCGGAGUCCUGUUGGCCACGGUCACCGAACUGUCCUUUGACAUGUCUGGAUUGAUCAGCGCUCUGGCAGCAACACUCUGCUUCUCUUUACAGAACAUCUUUUCCAAAAAGGUGUUGCGUGACACAAGGAUUCACCACCUCCAUUUGCUGAACAUCCUCGGCUUCAACGCACUUUUGUUUAUGCUGCCCACAUGGAUUUUAGUGGACCUUUCUAGCUUCCUGAUGGAUGGAGACCUGUCGGAGGUUUCCAGCUGGACAGGAACUCUCAUGCUGCUCCUCAUCAGUGGUUUCUGCAAUUUUGCACAAAACAUGAUCGCGUUCAGUGUGCUGAACUUGGUCAGCCCACUCAGUUAUGCUGUAGCCAACGCAACAAAGAGGAUCAUGGUCAUCAGUAUAUCCUUACUGAUGCUCAGGAACCCCGUCAACACCUCUAACAUUAUCGGCAUGAUGACAGCAAUACUAGGCGUCUUCCUCUAUAAUAAGGCGAAAUACGACUCCAACCAGGAGGCCAAAAAGGGACUGCUGCCUGUUUCAGCACAGGAUGUGGUGUCAUUCGACAAGCCGCAGUCCAACGGCACCGGGGCCUUCACACACAGCUCAGACUUUCAGCACGGCCGGAGCACAGUGCUCACCGACCACUUUCAGUACAGCCGACAGGCCUACACAGCAAACUACAGCUCCAGUCAGUAUGUCGUGUGAGCCCAGGACUCUAAAGACUGCUCUCAGACCAGUGCUUCAGUGGGUGCAUCUUUCAUACGGACGAGUAACUGGAUGAGGAAUGUGUACUCACGAAAUCCUACUGUUCAUUUUUUUUCCACAGGCCUGUUAUUUAUUUCAUCACAAACAUUUUAUUUUCCCAUUCGAACUCUCAGUGGUAUGUGUAGGUUUUAGGAAGGUGCUGGGAAUUAUUAUUGUUGUUGUUAGUAUUUUUUGCACAGGUUGCAUUUCAGUGCAGUUCAGAAUGUAACGCAUCUUCGUGGCCAUCAUGCUACUGCGAGUGAACAGCAAGACCGCCGCCAUUUUACAUACACUGGGUCACUGAAAACACAAACGCGUCAGGGUAUUAGUCAACGUUCUGUUUUUUGUUUGUUUUGUAAAUAUUUUAUUUAUUUUUAUACAGGAAGUUGCAUUGAUCGAUCAUAUCAUGAACUGAAAACACCCCAUUGGAUUUCCGAAUGUCUAAUAUCUGUGAAGGAGUCUCUUGUUUUCCCCCUGGGGUGUUUAGGCAGAGGUCACUGUAUGAGAUCACUUGAAUCAUGCUGUACAUUCAUAGUCAUGUUUUUUUUUUGUAUUUCUUUUGUACUGAAGUGUUGGCAGGCCUCUUGUGUGACAUGGUUAUGAUUUAUGAGCCAGUUUAAUAUUAAACGUCUGCGAAGGGAGAGUUGAAGGCUCGUAAUUCUUUACAUUUUUAAAAUAGUAAGAAUUCCUGGUGUCUCGUCUUGAAUAAAGAUCUGAGCACAGCGUUUAAAAACUGCUGAUUUUACACUGAACUCUACACUGUAAAAGCCAACAAUUUAGGGUAACUCAAACUGUUUGAGGAAAUCGCUUGCAACAAACCAUUUAAGUUCAAGAAGUAAUCCUAAUGAGUACUGUGAACUUAAUGCAUUUGAGUAAAUGAAGCAAUUUGAGCACAGUUAAACCCAAUAAAUGAAGAGAAGUCAAACCAACUGCGUAUUGUAAAACCCAAUAAGUUAAGGCAACUCAAACUGCUUUAGGGAACCGAUUGCCACAAACCAUUUGAGUUAAAAAACGGAUCUAUAUGAGUACCGUGAACUUAAUCCAUUUGAGUAAAUGAAGCAAUUUGAGCACAGUUAAACCCAAUAAAUGAAGAGAAGUCAAACCAGCUGAGUACUGUAAAACCCAAUAAGUUAAGGCAACUCAAACUGUUUGAGGAAACCGAUUGCUACAAACCAUUUGAGUUAAAUAACGGAUCUAUAUGAGUACCGUGAACUUAAUCCAUUUGAGUAAAUGAAGCAAUUUGAGCACAGUUAAACCCAAUAAAUGAAGAGAAGUCAAACCAGCUGAGUACUGUAAAACCCAAUAAGUUAAGGCAACUCAAACUGUUUGAGGAAACCGAUUGCCACAAACCAUUUGAGUUAAAUAACGAAUCUAUAUGAGUACUGUGAACUUAAUCCAUUUAAGUUGAAGUAAUGAGGUGUUUAAUUAACUCGUUAGCUUCAACACUGAGUUCAAAACUCUUCAAAUGAGAACUUUCAGUAAAUUUUGAGUCAGCGCUCAUUUCAUUUGAUAAAGUUGUCUGUUUUUACAGUGUAUGAAUGGUCUUAUUUAAAGGUGCAAUAUUUCUGGAGGUGUUUCAAUCCCUUUUGGGGUGUAAAACCUGUAGCCAACCGAGUCUGGGACAAGUUUUGAGGGUAAAUAUGGUCAAAUGUGUUACGCAGAGCUGGGAGUACUGCAUUGAACACAUUAAAUGAUUUGAUUCCAUGAAGAACAUUAAACAUCCGUGCGAUCUUUCCAUUGGACUAGGGGUCUUUAGAUUCUUAAAAUGAUCUUUCGUUUUACAACUGUUUACUGAAAGAUUCUAUAUGGAGCUUUAAAUUGUCAUUUAUUUCAUCACUACAAACACUCUCUUUAUUAGUACACCUGGAGGAUUCAUGUUUUGGGAUUUGUACUGGUCCAUUAUCAUCUUUGUUCUCAAUUUUACGCUGGUUUUAGCAAAUGUGUAGGGUGAGGAUUUAGUUUAAUAUUUGUAAGCUAGCUGUUUUCUGCACCCUGUUUCUUUACAUGUGUCUUGCUGCUGGGAAGUUAGACACGUUUUUGGCAAAAAAAAAAAAAAACAUGCAAUUGUUUUGCAUUACUGCAAUGAGUUUAACAUUGGAGGGUUUUUAAUACAUAUAUUUGAAGUGUUAUGGAAUCAUGGCGUUGUGAGUUUUUAGUUGUGAGUUUUGAAGGACAAUGUUCAUGUGGCGUUCUCUGUCGUCACGUCUCUAUAUAUUGUGAGUUUAGAGGAUCAGUUUGGGCAAUCAUGCGCUUCUUUUAGUUCCCGUUUUAUCUUCGUGAGCCAAAAAUUGAAGGAUUAGGGUGGUCUCGUCCUUCUGCUUGUUUGCUUCUGCACUUACAUCAUGUCAUCACAGGGGGUGUGCAAAUUUUAUGUUCUCCCCUUAUUACUUUUAGUCAUAAUCAAAUGUAAAGGAAAUAGAAGCGUACUUAUUAACAAGACGCGAGUCAGCACUGCACUCCAAAACAUUGCUUGUUCAAGCUGCUUAUUUUAAAAUGAGCUGAAACAACACAACAAGACUAUUUUUGGGACAACUUGAUUGUUUUAUGUUCAGUCUACUUAAAUUUGUUUUGUGGUGGGACGACAUGAUUGAAUUGUGUUGAACUCUGCAUUUAUUACAGUGUGGAUCAGUGUCUAAAACUGGCAUGGUGAAGAUUAUGAGUCUUGGAGAGACUUUUCAUUUUGUGUUGUAGAAUUACACGGUGGAUAAUUAUAAACUGAGCCUAAACCUUUGAAAUCUUGAGCUCAACAGAACUGAUGUUACAGUGACUUUACCUUCCCCCUCCAGAAUGUCAUGCACUGCUGUAAUAUGUUUUAUUUUCAGUCAGCCUUCGAAUCUUUAAGCUCUUGGACCUUUUCCCUUGGGAGAGUCAUGUGUGUCUCUAUAAUCUGACAUUCACGCCGAGUCCUUUUAAUUAGUUUAGUUUGUCUUUCUAUGGUGUGGAAAUGCAUUGUCACACUUUCCGUGUUGCGAUUGUUCUAAUUUCAGCCAGUGUUUCUAUUAUUUGAUUUUAAGAUGCCUUGGUACGGUUAUUGUUGCAUUUUCUUGUCAACUUAAAGAUAAUAAGACUUAUUUUUAAAUGUGAAAAUAAAGAAGA